UUGGUUCGGGCCGAAUAUUUGGGCUGACAGCUGCAAUGGCACAUCGGCACCGGAAGCAACCAUAACCAUGAACCACAGGGUUUAUGAACAAUUUAUAGAAACAGAAGCAUUCAGACACUUCCAGAAGCCGUUAGAAUUUGAAAGAAAACACACCGUCUGGGUACGGGAUCAUCGAGAGAGAGAGAGAGGGAGAGAGAGAGGAGAGAUCUUCUUCAGAACCAUAAACUAGUUUGAAGAUUAGGAAAAAGAUGAAAGUAGAGAGAAAAAGAACGAUCCAGCUGUUCUGCCCAUCUCUAUCAAAGAUAGUCCCAAUAGUAGCAUGGGAAGAACAGAGACUUGAUAUUGGGUCCAUAUCACGGACCUUUGGCCUCGACCCUGCGACGUUGAAGCUCAACGGUCACUUCAUCAGCAGAGGGGUAGAUCUCAUAGCCUCCUCCGUCACUUGGAAGUCCCUUCUUUCUUUCUUCUCCGCUCGAGGACUAUCCACCGGAGGUACGGACUUCGACCCCCUCGUCGUUGACGGAAAGCUAUCCAAAGUUGGAACCAAAAGGGCACAUGACCCAGCAACAGACGUUGAAAAUGGAAUUCCCUCCACGAGUGAACAUGAGAAUACUAGCAUUAAUACAAGGCAACAGUUUGAAGAUGCCAACUUGCUCAAGAAGACGAGGAUUAGCUAUACAAACUCAGGAUUCGAUGAUAGUAUCAGCCGGAAGAGAAAGCAAUGGUUGGAAGACGAAGAUGAUAACCCACUGAAGAGGACGAGGAUAAAUGGAACUAACCUAGGUUUCCAAGGAAGUGAAAGUGGUCUCUCUGGAACCAUUUCAAACACCCAAUCUCCAUGCAGUUUCAUCACUAAAAAUACAAAGAGGAUGAGAGAAGAUGAGAUGGUGGCAACUGCACUUUUCAAGAAGAUAAGAUGAAAUAUGAAGAUUAUGUCUGUCUUCACUGGCUCCUCACCAAAAAAAGAAAGACUGGCUCCUCAUAAAAAAUAAAGGUGAAGAAAAAGAAGACGACGACAACUAGACAACUAGAUGCUGACGUUUUAAUACAAAAGUUUUCCUACUCUUGCUGCUCACAAAAAAGACUAGAUGAUGAGGUGUUAAUACCUUUAGUAUUUCAUUUCCUUUCAUCUGUGAAUUCCCUUGCUUUUACUGAUAGAUGAAUCCCAAGUAUAUGUAGUGCAAGAUAGAAAGGCAGCACGCAAUGUAUGAGCAGGUUUAUCCAAGUGGUUUUCAUGAUUCGUAUCGGUAAUGAUGGAGGAACCUUACUUGCUACGAAUUUUAACUGGAAAAAAAAUGAUGUGCAGCAGUAAGGUACUGAUUUGUAAUUCUCUUUUUCAAGUUGUCGUCUAUGGUAUCGAAA